AUGGGCCGGCUACCAUCACACAUUUUCAUUGUAAGACAUGGCAACCGACUCGAUGCCGCCGACAAGCAAUGGCACCUCACGUCGCCAACCCCUUAUGAUACCCCCCUGACGUACGGCGGUUUUUUACAAGCCAGGCAGGUGGGCAACCAGAUUAGCAGCAUUCUAGAACAGGCCAAGGUCGACGCCGAGGUGACAAAGAACGGCGCUGGACUUAGCGGGAAGCGCAGACGGUUCAGGGUCGUCAUCCACAGUUCGCCGUUCUUGCGAUGCAUCCAGACGUCAAUAGGCAUCACUUCGGGCCUUGCGCAGACGGCGCCCGAUUCCAUAUACCAGCCAUCCGAUGUCAUCGUUCCGCGAAAGGCGCCAAUCGGCCAGCAGAAUUCGAACAAGUCCGCUUUGCUUCGGCUGGACACGUUUCUGGGAGAGUGGCUCACACCAGAGUACUUCGAGACCAUCACACCACCUCCCGGAGCGUCUCUGAUGAUGGCCGGUGCAAAAUCGGAGCUUCUGCGGCGCGAAGAUUACAGCAUGUACACAAGCGCUCCGGUCUCUAGUAACAGUCGUCCAGCAUCAAAGGGCGCUCUUUGGAGUUCGCCAGUCUCUACUCCACAGCCGCCUGCUUCGCCUACGUUGGAAAGAGGAAGCGGCGUUUUUGCGCAGUCUGCCAUGGCCGCAGCGCUGUCCUCCGCUUCGCAGGAUCAAAAGAAAGGCUACGCACCCCCUCGACCAUUACAUGCCGUUUCAAGCAAUGGAAAGAUUCCAGAUGGAUUCGUCGCUCAUGCCAGAGACUCAUGCGCCGUGAUUGACUACCAAUGGGACUCAAUGAGAGCCCCGCUUGAUUUUGGCGAUGGCGGAAAGCUGGGCGAAGAGUGGGCGUCGAUGCACCACCGCUUUCGCUCAGGGCUGAGGAAGAUGGUCAACUGGUAUGCGACGACGGACUACCCCGACGAGAUGCUCUGCGCGUCUGCAAACAAUGACAGCGACCAUAAUUGUAACGAUAGCGGCUAUGGGGAGGAUGAGGACGAGGAAAUCGAGACGGUCGUCAUCAUCGUGUCCCAUGGUGCUGGCUGCAAUGCUCUAAUUGGUGCCGUCACGCACCAGCCUGUUCUUAUGGAUGUCGGGAUCGCCUCCAUCACAGUAGCUGUUAGAAAAUCCGAUGCUGAUUACUCAAAAGCUCUGGCCGCCGCGGCAGAUCGCCAGGGCGGUGCUGCGUCUCCGCUGGCCGCUGUCGAUGAUUUGUACGAUAUCCGCCUCUCAGCUAGCACCGAGCACCUGCGAUCGAAUUCUGGAGCAUCCAUUACCGGACCACCAGCAUCACCCAGAAAUUCCUGGGGUGGUUCAGGACGCCGUGGUCGCGGAUCAGUAUUAGCCAGCCCAACCACUGCGGAGGGACCUGUCCAGAGCCCCUUUACCGGUCUUGUCUAUGGCAACCGAAGUACUUCUGCAAACGCUUCAGUCGGCACUUUUACGCGACGAGACUCGGGCUCUAGCCGGCAAUCCCCUAAAGUCGCACCGCCUGCGGGUAUGACUCUGAAGGUCUCCGGUGGCAACGAGAGCAGUGGGCAGACUGCAGGGCAAGCCGCAGGACGGACCACAGGACGAGGAAGCACGUCAUCUUCUUCUGGCCUAUGGACACCUGCACGCUCUGCGCUGCGCUUCAUAGACGAUGUCGAUGAGGAAGCGGUAGAUGAUUACGAUAGCAUGCUUCCCGAUUUCGAUAACAAGCGAUUCAACCCCAUAUCAAACGAAAAUGUCAAACCAGCAUCCAAAGAAACAAAGUCAACGCCGUUUCCGUUGCUAUCAGCAUCAAAAGAUACAAAGUCAGAGCCAUUCCCGUUCCUUGACCGAGCAGCUGAGCGCCCAACCUCCUCUAAAGGUCCUGUCUUCGCCGCCCCCAUCACAAUCAACACGGAAUUGGCCUCCAAGGCCUUUGGAAGCCCGGUGGAAGAGAUGCCACUGUCGCAACUCGGAGGUCUAUGGAGUUUAGCUGUGCCUGAACAAAACGUCUCUCCGGACUGGAGUCAGACAAAGAGGAGGUGGACUGUCAACGAGAGAGCUUGA